AUGUCUGAAUCAUCCAUCCACAAACGUGCCAUGGUAAUUUCCGCUUCGGCGAUUGCAUUUCUUUUCGCUUUCAUUUUAAUCGUUGUCUUCAUCGCGACGGAUAUCAUUCAUAUUCCAUACGUUUCUCAUGGUUUGGGUUCACUUUUUUCCUGGAUGACUGUGAUACUAUCACCAAUCUACCCAUUCUGGGCUCCUCUAACGCUUGGUGUCUCUAUCAAGCUAUGUCGACACAAGGCAUUUCCAAAGCAAACAGAAUGGAUCACUUCAUCUAUUCUGAUUUGUACAUCACAUCUUGGACGAGUGAUUGUGGAUACGAUGCAGGUGUUGGGGUUUUUUGACAAAGUCUGCAGCUUGAGAAAUUGCUGGCAUGAAUAUAUUCAAAUGUGCUUGAUUGCAGUUGUAAUAAUGGGCGAAGUCGUUGGGAUUCCAUGGGAUGCAAAUAUUGUUCAGACUUGGGUCGACAAAUUGGCGGUCGAAUCUGAGGACCAGGCAGCAAAAGAGACAGCUAUAAAUGACGAGGAUGGGAUGGAAAAGGGUCUUGCUGAUCAAGCCCCCGAGGAGGUUACGUACUCGGAUAGUGGAAAUGCGGGACUACAUGAGAAGCAGAUGUCUGUUGAGACUAUUGAGCUUCAUGGAACUGAGGACGUUGAGUUGCCCGUGGAUGAGGCAUCAACACAGAGUGAUGAAGGCACGAAAUAG